ACUUCAAGAAAUCCAGAGAGAAAGAAGAAGAAGAAGAAGAUCAAGAAGAUGACUGAGAAUCAAAUAGAUCAUCCAGUGAUUAAUCUUUUAUCUAGUUUUACAAAUCAGUGUUCUAAAUGUGGUAUUAUGAAGAGAAGACGCUCAUCAUCGUCAGCAGCAUCAUCAUCACCUUCUUCUUCAUCAAAAAGCCCUAACAAUCCUCCAUCAAAGAUUCAACCAAACAGUACCAAUAACAUCAUCUCACCUUCAUUUUCAAACCCUAAUAACCCAUCUCAAUUACGAUCAAUGUCUUCUGCUUCUACCCAUGUUUCACCAUCACCAACAUUAACCCUUUUACCCCCUUCUUCUAGUUCACCACCACCACUAAUAUGGUGGCGCCCAUCACCACCACCUCCAAGAAAGCUUAAUUCUUUUUCUGAUCGGCGACCAGUAAAGCUUGAUUCUUUAUCAAUCCCCCCUACAAAAUCUUGGCAAGAAUUCGUCUCUUCUGCUUUUUCAACACCAUCAAGUACUCCUAACUGCAUUCUUUCCCUUGCUUGUGGUCAAUUUGGUGGUGGUGGUGGGUCACAAAGACAAGAUUCACCAUUACAAUCAAUCUCAAAUUCCCCCGUCUCACCAUCAUCUCAUUCCUUUGUUCCACCAUCAUUAGGAUGCCCUUCUUCUGUUUCACCACCAUCACCAUUAUCUCAUUCCUUUGUUCCACCAUCUCCAUCACCACCACUUUUAUCCCCUCCUCUUGUUUCACCGCCACCGCCAAGAAAGCCUAGCCCUUUUUCAACCCCCACAAAAUCUAGGCAAGGGUUAAUCUCGUCUGCUUCAUCAACACCAUUAAGUAGUCCUAGCUGUACUCUUUGUAUUGAAUGUGGUGGUGGGUCUAAAAGAAAAGGUUUUCCACUGUUAUUAUCACCAUCGUCAGGAGCAAAGAGCAAUGGAGGUGGUUCUAGUACUCCUCCCAGCGCUGCGGCUAAGAAGAGGUGGAUGAGUGUGAGAAAUGCCUUGAAACAGAUGCAGCAUAAGUGGAUGAUGGACAACAUCAGUCAACAACUCAAAGAACAAAACAAUGGAGCUCCGGAAAUCGCCGUAAAUGAGAAACCAAAUAUCGAUAUCAACAGUCAGGGAGUUUACGGAACUGUGCCGUCUGAACAAAAUGCAGGAGUAGUGCAGGAGGUUGUGCACGAUGAAAAUGUGAGUUUUGACAGAGAUGGAGAUACCAUGAGAGUGUGUUACAUGUGCUGCUGUGGGAGACAAAAACAAAUCUUCUUCGCCAUUUCAAAUUGAUCAACUGGCAUUAAAUGCCUUCUGUAGCUUUGUGUUUGCUUGUGCCCCCAGUGGCAUGGUACUAAUUGUUUCAGCUCAAACUUUAUUUCCAAACUUUUGUAGUUUCGCCUUGAUUGUUUGAAUGAACUCUUUCAUUCUUUAGUUUCUUUCAAUUUGAUUCCUGUUAAA